UUAUUAACAGCAAUAGUGGCGUUACAUGGAAUUUAAUAUUCAGUAGAUGUGUUACGAAAUUGACAAUGGAAAAACAGCAAACAACUAUGGGAUUUCUUAUUUACAUGUUUAUGCACGGACUAGUUAGGUCUGAGUACACUGUUAAGGUAUGGUCUCAAUCCACUUGGGUAAAUCCUGGGGAUAGUUAUGUGGCGUACUGCAAUAUCCCUGAUGUAGGAGCUCUCGACAUUGUUAGCAACCUGGAGGUCAUGUGGUACCACAACUCUCAACAACUGACCAAUCUAUGUGUGUUUCUGUCUUCUGAACUCACCAUGAAAUAUUUUUGCAACGUUCGGUCACCACAGAUAAACAACAUCAGCUUGGCAAUCACAUUAACCAAUGUUCAGAAAACAGAUGAAGGCAACAUAUCCUGUGUGGUGUAUGAGAAGAAUGAAACGAAAGUCAGGGGUGAUCUUGUGGCCAUGAAGUCUGUGCCUAUACAAGUCAGAGAGCCUAUCAAGAGUAUGAGAUUCAAAAUUGACCAAAGCAUUGAGUUCUCUCUGACCGAGGAAAACACUGAGGCUCUUCACCCAGUGCAGGUCUUACCUGGCAGAUACGCCCCUACCUGUCAGGUCAAUGGCAGCAGACCCACCGCAAACGUCCGCAUAUUGAUGGACAGCGAUCUUAUGAAUGGGAGGAAAUUUGAGAUUGACGACAAGAUAGGCACAGAGUUUGUUGCCGAGGAAACAGACUUUAUAGACAACAGCAAAGUUAAUGUGAUGUGUAGUGCAGAAGUUGAUGGUCUGCCCAACUCAGAAAUGCGACGCACCUAUCAAGUUCUUGUCAGACAAGGGGAUCUUAAGUUCAAAUGCACCAAUUCUUCUGCUAUUGUUAACAACAAGCGACACAAGAUUGUAUGUGAAGUGUACAAUGUUGAGGGUAUUGCCUGUAACAAGAUCAGCUGGAAGCGAGGAGACACUGGUGAAUAUUAUAGUCUCGGCAGCUAUUACAAUAUCAAUGUAGCCUGCAGGGAAAUUACUAAUUCCAAGAUAGAAACAACACUGGAGAUUCUGCAGGUGACGGCGGAGUAUUUUAAGACAUCGUUCAGUGUUAUCUACAACGACCCUUUGUUCCAGACAAGAGAGUUCCAGCUUAACAUUCCACAAGAAUACGUCAACUCAGUAGUGGCCCUGCAGACAUCUUUCGUAUUAUUGUGUUCCAUUGUUUUCGCCUUUAUCCUAUAACAGAUACUGUUAUUGGAAAAUGAAAAAAAAAAAUUAUAUGCACAACUCCUA